UCUGCCCCCGGCGCCGAGCUCUGAGCUGCCGCCUCGUUUCGCUUCGCCUCCCCCUCCGCCGCCGCCCGCCCCAGCCCCAGCCCCAGCAGAGGAAAUAUUGCAAUGUUGCAAGCUGACGAGCAGCCGCCAAAGCUACCGAGCGGCAGGAGCCGCCGCCAGCCCCGCUCGCCUCUCCGCGAGUCCGGUGUUGUUUUGAAGGGAGCUAACAUGGCGACGGUGCCCGUCUAUUGCAUCUGUAGGCUGCCCUACGACGUAACCCGCUUCAUGAUCGAGUGCGAUGCCUGCAAGGACUGGUUUCACGGCAGCUGCGUGGGUGUUGAAGAAGAGGAGGCACCAGAUAUUGACAUCUAUCAUUGUCCAAAUUGUGAGAAGACUCACGGGAAGUCUACUCUGAAAAAGAAAAGAAAUUGGCAUAAACACGAUACUGGGCAGAGUACAGAGGUCAAGCCUGUUCAGAAUGGAAGCCAAAUCUUUAUAAAGGAGCUUCGAAGUCGCACUUUUCCAAGUGCUGAAGAUAUAGUAGUGAAAGUGCCAGGCAGCCAGUUAACAACAGAGUAUUUAGAAGAAAAUGGCUUCACAGAACCCAUCCUGGUUCCCAAGAAGGAUGGCCUGGGAUUGUCUGUGCCUGCACCUACGUUCUAUGUCAGUGAUGUUGAAAACUAUGUCGGACCGGAGAGAAGCGUUGAUGUCACGGAUGUCACCAAACAGAAGGAUUGCAAGAUGAAACUCAAGGAGUUUGUGGAUUACUACUACAGUACCAACAGGAAGAGGGUGCUCAAUGUGACCAACCUGGAGUUCUCAGACACCAGGAUGUCCAGUUUUGUAGAGCCUCCAGAUAUAGUGAAGAAGUUGUCCUGGGUGGAAAACUAUUGGCCUGAUGAUGCUCUUCUGGCCAAGCCAAAAGUGACAAAGUACUGCCUGAUCUGUGUGAAGGACAGUUACACAGACUUCCACAUAGAUUCAGGAGGAGCUUCUGCGUGGUACCAUGUGCUGAAGGGAGAAAAAAUAUUUUAUCUCAUCAAACCAGCUUCUGCAAAUAUUUCUCUCUAUGAACGCUGGCAAUCAGCAGCAAACCACAGCGAAAUGUUUUUUGCAGACCAGGUAGAUAAAUGUUACAAAUGCACGGUUAAACAAGGACAGACACUCUUCAUUCCUUCAGGUUGGAUUUAUGCAACUCUUACACCUGUGGACUGCUUGGCCUUUGCUGGACAUUUUCUACAUAGUCUAAGUGUUGAAAUGCAGAUGAGGGCAUACGAAGUAGAAAGACGGUUGAAAAUUGUCAGUCUAACCCAGUUUCCAAACUAUGAGACUGCAUGUUGGUAUAUGGGAAAGCAUCUACUAGAAACAUUCAAAGGUUUGCACAAAGCUGGACAACAACCUCCUGCUCAUUUACUCCAAGGAGCGAAAAUUCUCAAUGGUGCUUUCAGGUCGUGGACUAAAAAACAGGCUUUAGCAGAGCAUGAAGAUGAACUACCUGAAAACUUCAAACCAGCACAGCUUAUCAAGGACCUUGCCAAAGAAAUAAGAUUAAGCGAGAAUGCUUCGAAAGCCAGCAAAGCCGACACGAGUGCCAACACAAACACCGAGGAGAACUGCCCUGUGGAGAAGGAGGAGGCACCGUCACCUGUCCAAGUGACACCACCAUCCCCACCUGUAGAAAAGCUCCCUAAAAAAAAGACUCCAAAAACUGUGAAAACCCCCAAACAACUUAAGCCAUCCAAACCCCCCAAGCCUCCCAAACCUCCAAAACCACCCAAACCUCCCAAAACACCAAAAGUUAAGGGAGAAGGAAAAAAGAAAGGAAAGAAGGCAAAAGAGAGCCCACCACCAGCCAUCCCGAAUCUCGACUUGCUGGAGGCACACACAAAGGAGGCUUUGACAAAGAUCGAGACGCCAAAGAAGGGAAAGGCCGCAAAGAAUGUUUUAAGUGUUCCCAAUAAGGAAACACCUACUAAGCAGAAUGAGGUGGAGAAGUUCGAAGUUCGAGAGCAAAACAAAAGCAAAACAGAAGCCAAAUGGAAAUAUAAGAACAGUAAACCUGAUUCACUACUAAAAAUGGAAGAGGAACACAAAUCUGAAAAGACGCCUUUAUCAGGAAAUAAGGACAAUAAAUUUACAUUCUCUUUUGCUAAUAAGAAGUUACUUGGGUCAAAGGGAGUAAAAACCCAGCUGAAUACUAGUGUGUUUGGGUCACUGCAGAAUUUUAAGGAGGAUAAAGCAAAACCUGUACGAGAUGAAUAUGAAUAUGUGUCUGAUGAUGGUGAGCUAAAAAUUGAUGAGUUUCCAAUCAGAAGGAAGAAAAACACUACAAAGAGAGAACUGCCCUUUUUUUCAGACAAAAAAGACACUCUGCAGCACACUCCGGUUAAAAAGCCAAAGGUGGAGUCGGUACCAUAUAAGAGCGAUGAUUCGUCGGAUGAAGAUUUACUUCACAUUGACACAGAGGCAAAGCCAGGGCGCAAUUCCAAAGUAAAGAAAGAAAGUGGAAGUUCAGCGGGAAUUCUUGACCUUUUGCAGGCAAGCAAGGAAGUUGGGGGUUUAGAGUAUAACACCAACAGUCAGCCGCCUGCCUCACCCAGCACACAGGAAGCAAUCCAGGGCAUGCUAUCAAUGGCAAACCUCCAGUCAUCAGAUUCCUGCCUGCAGGCCUCCUGGGGGACCAACCAGGCCAAGAAUAACUCCAUCUCCUCACAGAACUCUAAAAAAACAGGUGGUGGUGGCAACAAAAAUGCUGGCAAACGAUUGCUAAAGAAAAGCACAAAAAACAGUAUUGACAUUGAAGAUUAUGAUGAAGAUCAGGACCACUUAGAUGCCUGUUUUAAAGAUUCAGAUUACGUUUACCCGUCUCUUGAAUCGGAUGAAGAUAAUCCGGUAUUCAAAUCCAGAUCAAAGAAAAGGAAAAGUUCCGAUGAUGCCCCUUACAGCCCAACGGCACGAGUCGGACCCUCAGUGCCUCGACAAGACAGACCGGUGCGAGAGGGAACAAGGGUCGCCUCCAUCGAAACUGGACUCGCCGCAGCAGCCGCGAAGUUAUCACAGCAGGAGGAACAAAAAGGCAAGAAGAAAAAAAGUACCAAAAAGAAGCUGUCAACCAACAACGUGAACAAACCGGCUCAGGAAGGCAGCUCGCCAGAGCCGAAGCUGGAGUCACAUGCCAGCAGCCUCACAGAUCACGAGUACACCGCAGGGGCCAGCACCUUUGGGGCCGCCCAGCCUAACAGGGGAUCGCAGCCGAUGGCACCCGGUGUUUUCCUCACACAGAGGAGACCCUCAUCAUCCUCGCAGAACAAUGCCUCCGCCAAAGGAAAGCGCACGAAGAAGGGGAUGGCCACGGCCAAGCAGCGGCUCGGCAAGAUCCUGAAGAUCCACCGGAAUGGGAAGCUGCUCCUUUAGCUCAGCUUAACUUGGAGCAUCACGAUAACAACCCUCUUAACUUUGGGCGGUCGGAGUGUACAGAAUCCUGCUAUAAAUAUUUUUUAAUAUAGAUGUCCUUUCUCAGAGUGCUGAGAGUGACUAGUCCGCAAAAAGUUAAUACUCGCCUGGCCCCACGGCGCUCAGCGUUCCGGGAGGUGAGGGUGCACCCGGCCCACGAUGGUGAGGGCAGCGAGGGGUCGGGGACGGAGUGUGUGGGGGGACUGGGGGCACUGGGCACGUUCUCCCCCCCGGCCGUGCCAUGUUGAUGCAUUUCCCGAGGCAUCCUUUUCCUAGAAUGUAGCUUGUACAUAGCUUUUGGAAUAAUGACCACCUGUUUUUUAUAAGGGGAAAGUCUCUCCGGGUGCUGCCCGCAGCAGCGGCCCUUACCAGCUCUUUGCGUAACUUCUUGUACGAGGAGGGAGACAGUUAUUUUACUAGCACCUUGUGGAGUGUUUCCGUGUUUUGUGACGAUGUAAUUUAUUAAUGUUUGUAGCUUUUUAUAUUUGUACAUUUCUUAUGGGCUUUGUUUAUAUACACACAUUACUGGGGCGCGGCGCCCGCGGGGAACCAGAGCCACCCGCAGCCCACGGCCAUCAGGGCCGAGUUGGCCUGGGCGUCACGCCAGCUUUUUUUAUUAUGAUUAUUAUUAUUAGUAUUAUUAUUUUUUUCGCGACAUGUACAUUUCUAACAAAGUUUAUCGUGGCUAUCUAUCUAUGACGGUGUUUUAUUUACCAGUUCAUAUCAAAUGCUCUUGUAUCGAGUUCACGGAAUCUAAGUAAACCUCUAGAGCAAAGUUUAAAGAAGGAAAGAAAAAAAAAGAAAAAAA